AGGCUCUUGUUGCUUGCACCACAAUAUCCACCGGCCAUAGAUGCCAUCAUGCCCCUCGCGAGUCGACAAACAAGCCGUUUGCGGAGGCGCAAAUGCUACAAAUACAAUGCGUCGUUUCCUGAAGUUUCUCCGUCUGGCAUGCGCAUAAUCUUUCCGAGGGUUGAACAAUAAAUAUUUCCAUAUUCACAAAGUUUCACCCCCAGAACAACCCCGCAUCUCAUCUCAUUGCAAUGGCUUCAACCACCAGGAAACCAUUCCCUCACGGGAUCCACGUUCCCAGUUUGACGUGGUUCCAAGAUACUCCAGCACAAGAAAUCGAUUGGGCUGUGCAAAAGAAGCAUUUUGAGUUCCUGGUCCGGUCCGGUCUGCACGGAAUCGUCAUUGCCGGCACCAACGGCGAAGCGGCAACGCUCUCGGCCCAAGAAAAGCGCCAACUGGUCCAGACUGCCCGGGAGACCGCCGCAACCGUCGGCCAGCCGCUCCCCAUCACGCUCGGCUGCGGCGGCCAGACCACACAGCAGGUCAUCGCCGAGACGCAGCUGGCCGCCGAAGCCGGCGCAGACUACGCCCUGGUCCUCGUGCCCAGCUACUUCCACUUUGCCAUGACCGAGGCCGCCAUCCUGGCCUUUUUCCGGGAGCUCGCCGACGCCAGCCCCAUCCCCAUCAUCAUCUACAACUUCCCCGGCGUCGUGGCCGGCCUCGACGUCAACUCGGAGAUGCUCUCCGCGCUGGGCCAGCACCCCAACAUCAUCGGCGUCAAGCUGACGUGCGGCGGCAUCGCCAAGGUGGCGCGCGUGUCGGCGCAGUUCAAACCCGACGAGUUCUUCACCCUCGCCGGCCAGAGCGACUGGCUGGUCCCUGCCAUGGCGGUCGGCAGCGUCGGCAGCAUCACGGGCGUCGCGAACCUGUACCCCAGGUACUGCGUGCGCAUCUUUGAGCUGUUCAGGGAGGGCAAGACCAAGGAGGCCGAGCAGGCGCAGCUCGAGCUGGCCAAGAUGGAGUGGGGCUUCGGCAAGGGCGGCAUCAACGGGACAAAGUUCAUUGUCGCGAAACUGAGGGGCUACCCGCUCGAGAGCAGCCACUGCCGCAGGCCGUAUCCGCGGUACGAGAGCGAGGAGAAGAAGGCGUGGAUCGAGGGGGUGGUGAGGCCGUUGGAGGCGCUGGAGAAGGAUAUCAACGAGAAUUAUUGAGCGUCGUGGAAUGAGCCUGGGAUCUUGACAGUAUCUGUCAUGAAGUAAAGAAAAAACAAGUAAAAAAAAAAAAAAAAGAAUAACCCGGCGCCCUGAAACCAUUGACAAAACGCUGCACAGCAUCCGGUGACGCCUAGUCAUAUAUAUCCACAGCAUACGUCUGGCUCCGCAUACACUGAAAGUAAGCCUCAGCCUCCUCAAUCGCCAUCUUCUUGCCAUCCACCUCCUGCUUCUCUCGACGACAAUACUCAACAUGCUCUUUGACUCCUUCCCCAUUAUUUGCCGACCCGCACACAUAACCUCGCCCCUUGCUCGCACAGCUCUCCCCUCCGCUUUCCUUUGGUGAUUUUGUAGGUGCGCUGCUUACUAU